AUGCCUGGCGUCUUCUUCAGUCCGCUUAUCCAAAGGCCUUUGAGCCCGACGUGUGACGUAUGUGAAAAAAGGAAGCCUAAGCGAUUGUACAUUGAGCCAGUAACCUUCCGAGAGCGAGUCUGGCGCCAAAUUCUGACGCUGCCACAAUCUCUUCUCAUCCUGUUUGUGGUUCUUCGUCUCGAGGGCAUUUUAAAGUGUCUCAAGAUCGUCUGUAGGCGACUACCAAAACGAUAG